AUGGCACCCAACAUCGUUGUUGUCCAAAAUGCAAACGAGAUUGACCCAGAGAAUCACGACGGUGCUGGAGUCUACUCCGACUUUGUCGGUACCAAAACUGGAGAGCACGCUCUAACAGCCGGAGUCUGGGAUAUCUAUGACUUCGAGGAACAAACUCCUUCAGGAGUAUCUGAAACCACCGAGGUCAAAUACAUCAUCAGAGGCGAGGCGGUCAUCAAAAAUGAAUGGACUGGGGAAACAUACACGCUCAAGCCUGGCUCCCUACUUUGGAUUCCAGUCGGUGCCAAGAUGUCUCUUAUCAAAUCAAACAACUGCAGGGCCAUUUACGCCGAGGUGAGACACAUGGUUGAUGUCAACGCUGAAGGUGACGGCGAGGAUCACGGAAACGCACUUCAAUCCCACCUUGAAUCUCUCAUUGCCAAGUUUAUCGAGAACAACCCAAGUUCUCGGAAGGCAAUCGAGCGGGCGCGAGUCGGUAUACCGGGAGGCAACACUCGUUCAGUGUUGGACUGCGAGCCGUUUCCUCUCGUGGUCAAAUCCGGUAAGGGUGCCACCUUGACAUCUGUCGAUGGAAAGACCUUCACGGACUUCCAGUCGGACUUCACUGCUGGCCUGUUUGGGCACUCCAAUCCAGAGCUUGAAGAGGCAAUUACCAACGCCGCCAGAAAUGGGCUUAGUUUCGGCGCCGUGACGGAGCUCGAAAGCGAGCUCAGCGAGUCCAUUAAGCAACGCUUUGCCAGCAUCGACCAGAUUCGCUACUGCAACUCCGGCACUGAAGCCAAUAUUUACGCUAUCGCGGCCGGCUUGGUAUACUCGGGUCGACAGAAGGUCCUUGUCUUCGAUCAUGGCUAUCACGGCGGUACACUGAGCUUUGGCGACCGACCCAAUCUCUUGAACAUACCCCAUUCUUAUGUCGUCGGAACUUUCAACGAUAUCGAGAAAACGCAACCGUUACUCACCGAGGAGAUUGGCGUCAUCAUCAUCGAGCCCAUGCAGUCGGCCGGCGGCAUGCGCCCUGCGUCGAAAGAAUUCCUCACGUUCCUGCGCGAGUCCGCUAGCGUCCGAGGCGCAGUUCUCAUCUUCGACGAAGUUGUGACUUCGCGGCUCGACUAUCACGGAAUGCAGGGUAAGCUCGACAUCCAACCGGACUUGACAACCCUGGGCAAGUAUCUUGGAGGUGGUCUGCCAUUUGGCGCAUUUGGCGGCAAAAGGGACAUCAUGGCGCAGUUCGACUCCAAGUCUGAUGCUUCCGUAAAGCUGUCUCACUCAGGCACCUUCAACAACAACGUCUUGACAAUGAGUGCCGCAGUUGUUGCCGGAAAGCUCGUUACUGAGUCUGCCAUUAAGAGAAUCAACAAGCUCGGCGACAGGGUCAGAGACGGCGUGAACGCAGCAGUGCAGGCGUCCGGAAAAGACGUCAAAAUCAUCGGCUUAGGAGUGGGAAGCUGCGUGGGCCUAUAUUUCCCCGGUCCCGAGGGCGACUCUCUUCGGGAGGUGCUGUUUUUCCACCUGCUCGAGGAUGGGGUUUGGAUUGGUCGAAGAGGUUUCCUGGCGCUUAACUUUGCGCAUACGGAUGAGGACGUUGAUCAAUUUUUGGACGGGUUCAAGACGUUUUUGGAGUCUUAUGCUUGA